GUGGAUUUCCGUGUGUCGAGAAUGUGAAACGCAAAUCGCCAAGGAGUUUACGCAACAUGAUGACAGCGAACGCGACCGAUGCCUGUGAAACGCGUGAUCCCUGCCAGCACGGCGGAAUCUGCAUUUCCACCGAUAGCGGGCCCAUCUGCGAGUGCCGGUCCGGCGAUUAUGAGGGCGCCUAUUGUGAAAAAGAAGCAUGGAGCACGGUGCUGCCUACGGCGGGUGCUGGUGAUUACUGGGAAUACUAUAAAGCACCUUCCGAGGCCUCUUUCAAGGGAACGGAGUACAUAACGAUAGACCUGACGAAAGGCGAGCAAAUUCCCAGCACGCAGGAAUCGAUCAGCUUGCAAUUUAAAACGAGACGACCGAAUGGACUUUUAUUUUUCUCCGGAAAAGGAGACGAUUAUCUAACCAUAUCCCUGAGAGACAGCGGUGUCGCUGUGGGGAUGUCGCUGGCUAAAGGUAGAUUAGACCUCCAUAUAAAACCAUACCGGGUCCGAUUCGACGAUAAUCAGUGGCACAAGGUCGUCGUGCACAGGCAGGUUCAAGAGAUCUCCCCCAUCACCACCUUCUGCAAGCUCUCCGCCAUGGUCGACGGGAUUUAUCCGGCGCACGGACAAACUGCAGGCUCGUUCACACAUUUGGUGAGCGAUCGACUGAUAGUGGGCGGAGGCGCCGAUGUGAGAUCCCUGCAGGGCGCUAAAGGGAUCAACAACUUCGUUGGAUGCCUCAGAAAGAUUGAAUUCGCUACGGAAGGAUUCAAAAUGGAGGUGAUCGAGGCAACGAAAGCCGAAACCGUCGGUAUCGACGCCUGGGGCAAAAUAGAGUUUCGCUGUCUGAAGGCGGCAGACCCAAUCACGUUCACUACAAGAGAUUCUCAUCUUGCUGCUGCGACAAUAAACGCGAGGCGACUACACGGCGCCGUGGUUACUUUCACCAGCCCAGAGUCCCACUUGGUCCUGCCACCUUGGAAGUCGGCCAAGGACGGCAGCAUGUCCUUCAAAAUUCGUACCAACGAGUCCAACGGACUCAUCAUGUACAGUCGCAGCGGUGCCCACUCCAGGCAAGACUUGUUCGCGUUCGAAAUCUUAGGCGGUCAUCUGUACCUUCACGCGGACCUCGGAAGCGGUUCCGUCAAAGUGAAAGCGUCGAAACAACGUGUCGACGAUGGCACCUGGCAUUACGUUGCACUUCGUCGAACGAAAAGAGAAGGACGAGUCACUGUCGACGAUUGGGCAGUGGAGUUCCGCACACCUG